CUUACCAGUGUUAGACUCAGCACUUUCCAGACACCUCAAGACAAUGGCAGGCCUCCACUCCACGUUUCUACCACUGGGGCUAUUUCUGUACCUUGGACUACCCUUUUCUUCUGCCAACUUUUCAAAUUUCAGCGACAACUGUAUGGUCUUUGCAGAGGUCUUCACCGCCCAAAACCCAGGAAUCGAGAUCAAGACAGAAGUUUUUCAGGGCAACACAAUAUACACAAUUUGGGUUCCUGUGAGUGACAAUAUUAGUACGGUGAUCCUACAAGUCGUGGACAAGCACAACAACUCAGUGGGCCUCUGUCAAGGAGCCAACGAGGACUGCAAUGGCAGUGCCCUGUAUUACCUGACUUACUCUAACAACACGUUCUUCAAGGCAAAUUGUGUUCUUAACUCCGAGGACACAGCUGACAAGCUGCAAGUCCUCCUUGUCAAUGUCAACAACUCAGCUAUUUUUAUUUCAAGGAAUCUAGGAAGAAAAGUGAUAACUACAACCUCAACCACCCGGACUUCUACCAACAAUCUGAACACAACCAUGACUAUCGCCACAGCUGUGACAGCCCAAACCAUGAGCACAGCCCAGACCACAAGCACGGGCCAAACCAAGACCAUGGCCCAAACCAUGACCAUGGCCCAAACCAUGACCACAGCCCAAACCAAGACUACAGCCCAAACCAAGUCCAUGGCCCAAACCAAGAACACAACCCAAAAUUUGGCUGUGAGACCUUUCAGUAGCCCCAUUGCAGGUGCCAUUCACAUCCUGCUCGUUUUUCUUGCCAGCAAGCUCCUCUUCUAAAGGAAAACAGGAAAUCAAUUGCUCAGCUUCCGGUGCAGCCUCUCAUGCUCAGGCUCUAGGCUAGGGCUUUAAAUGUAGGCGAAUGAAGGCUUCAGUUGUGCAAUUCCACUGCUACUAUUUCAGAGCAAGGACUGGGGCACUUGCUGAUGGGCAUGGGUCACACCAAUGUUCCACUGGACAUAAAUUAUGCUUUUUAAAUACUCAGACCUAGCCCAACUAUAGCCCAGAAUUCUGUCUCUGGGUUUAACAGCCAAUCUGAACUUUGUUCAUAGUCAAAGAAUUCCUCCGUGCCUCCUAAUUUUCUGGAGGAAGAAUCUUUCCUUAACAUUCAAGAUGAUCUAAGAUUUCUGACCAAAACCCUUCUAGGGGACUGAAGGAGAAGGGAGAAAUAGCUUUGAGACUACGGCAACUUCCCAUCUUAUCCUUAAGAGUAGAUUCCAAAGGGCAAGAGGAUAGGAUGAUCCCACGUCACCAAUGUCAGGAAAAAAUAUGUUCUUUGUUCUAAGUCACACCAAAUAAAUGAUACUUGAAACAAGAAUGAUUGUGCUAAAUUCAAA